AAAUUUAACAAAAAAAAUUAACAUUUUAAAUUCGAUGAGCAAUGAAACCUCAACACAAAUUGCGGAUGUCUUUUCACCAAAAAAUUCGGCAUUGUAUACAAUUUCCCGUGUUUUGCUAAAUUCUUUGCUGUUUAAAAGUGCUAAUGAAGUUAAUGAAUUGAAGAAACAGCAAUACAUGGGGAUGGACUCCCUUGCUGACCGCAACAAACAAGUUAAAUGGAUUUUAAUGUUGGGACGUCGUUUUCGAUUGGGAUUGAGUACUAUAGGCUUAUCUAUUGCUAUUUUGGAUAAAAUUAUGAGAAUGGUUAAGGUUCAAGGAAAAUAUUUGCAUUGUGUAGCCGUUUCCUCCCUCGGUUUAGCAGUUAAAUUUCAUGAAGAGAUUGAUGCUGAAUCUGAAGCUUUUGAAGCAAACAGAGCUGCCGCAAUAAUUUUGGCUAUUCCUUCACCUGAACCUUUAAAUUCUGAUGAAUUGGCUGCUGAAAUUAGAGCACAAUCUGAAUUUUCCCAGAAGGAAUUAAAUCGAAUGGAGCGAACAUUACUUGCUAGACUUAGUUGGGAUUUGUUGUUGCCAAGUUUUGACCGCUUUUUGCAUGCAAUGUUGGCAGUUAUAGGAACUCCUCAUUUGGCUGUUUCGCGUAUUUUGCGUCGUAAUUUUGAGUUAAUUGUUUCAAAUGGACAUUUAGUUUGGUCCUAUUCUUCUUCUGUUUUAGCCCUCUCAACACUUUCGAUUAUGUUGGAAUUUACAACACAAGAAUGGAAAAGAAUUACCGAGUCGUUAACGAGUAUAUUUCAGAUAGACCCUUUCUGUCUUUUAAAAUGCCGCGAAGAUGCUGGGGAACUUUUACGAAAUCAUUAUUGGAUUAAAAGUCGUCAAAAACCUUUAAAUUAUAAUAUAUUAAUUCCAAUAAUUCCAACAAAUAAUUUAAUUAAAAUUAAAAGAGGAAAAAUUAGAGGUCAACAACAAAAUUAUUGUUUUGAUAAAAGUAAAAAUGAAAAUAAUUUAGGAGAGGAAGAAGAAAAAAUAGAAAAAUAA